CUGGUCGGACUUCCGUUCAGACCUCCCGGGUCUGGCGCGGUGAAGCCAGCCUGGCGCGCGCUAGGAGCCUAUUGGCUGGCGGGGUCCGGUUCACCGCCCGGAUUGGCCGGAGCCACGCCCCCUGGAGUUCGUCAAGGAGCUGGGCGCUGGAGAUCGCGCGGGAGUCAAUCAUGAGGAAGCCACGAGCAGCUGUGGGAAGUCGAAGUCAUUGCAGGAAGCAGGCAUCCAGCCAGGAGGGAAGGGAGAAACGUGCCCUCAGCAGCAGCCAGGCCAAGCCCUCUGCACCUGACGGCCUGGCCAGGCAGCAGAAGGAGGUGAGAUUGCAGGCCCCUGUCUCCCCGUACCAUCUAUUCAGAGACACAGCUGAGGUCAUAGUCUUCCGGAAGAGCCUGCUGAGCUGGUAUGACCGAGAGAAGCGGGACCUACCCUGGAGAAAGCGGGUGGAGGGUGAGGUGGACCUGGACAGGCGGGCAUACGCUGUGUGGGUCUCAGAGGUCAUGCUGCAGCAGACCCAGGUUGCCACAGUGAUCGACUAUUAUACCCGAUGGAUGCAGAAGUGGCCAACGCUGCAGGACCUGGCCAGUGCUUCCCUGGAGGAGGUAAACCAGCUCUGGGCUGGCCUGGGCUAUUACUCUCGAGGCCGGCGGCUACAGGAAGGAGCCCGGAAGGUGGUAGAGGAGCUAGGGGGCCACAUGCCACGUACAGCAGAGACCCUGCAGCGGCUCCUGCCUGGUGUGGGGCGGUACACAGCUGGAGCCAUUGCUUCCAUUGCCUUUGGCCAGGCAACCGGUGUGGUGGAUGGGAACGUAGUACGGGUGCUAUGCCGUGUCCGAGCCAUUGGUGCUGAUCCCAGCAGCACCCUUGUUUCCCAGCAGCUCUGGAGCCUAGCCCAGCAGCUGGUGGAGCCAGCCCGGCCAGGGGACUUUAAUCAAGCAGCCAUGGAGCUGGGGGCCACAGUGUGCACCCCGCAGCGCCCGCUCUGCAGCCAGUGCCCUGUGCAGAGCCUGUGCCGGGCACACCAGAGGGUGGAGCGGGAGCAGCUCUCAGCCUCACGGAGCCUGCCAGGCAGUCGUGACGUGGAGGAGUGUGCUCCCAACACUGGACAGUGCCAGCUGUGUGCGCCUCCCACAGAACCCUGGGACCAGACCCUGGGAGUGGCCAACUUUCCCAGAAAGGUCAGUCGCAGGCCUCCCAGGGAGGAGUGCUCUGCCACCUGUGUUCUGGAGCAGCCCAGGGCCCUUGGGGGUGCCCGAAUUCUGCUGGUGCAGAGGCCCAACUCAGGUCUGCUGGCAGGACUGUGGGAGUUCCCAUCUGUGACCGCAGAGCCCUCAGGGCAGCACCAGCGCAAGGCCCUGCUGCGGGAACUGCAGAGUUGGGUUGGGCCCCUCCCAGCCACCCGCCUUCGGCACCUGGGACAGGUGGUCCACACCUUCUCUCACAUCAAGCUGACAUAUCAAGUAUACGGUCUGGCCCUGGAAGAACAGACCCCAGUGACCAUCGUACCACCUGGAGCUCGCUGGCUGACCCGGGAGGAGUUUCACACUGCUGCUGUCUCCACCGCCAUGAAAAAGGUGUUCCGCGUGUACGAGGGCCAACAGCCAGGGACCUGCAAGGGUUCCAAAAGAUCCCAGGUGUCCACCCUGUCCAGACGGAAAAAGCCCAGCGCAGGCCAGCAAGUCCUGGAUAGUUUCUUUCGGCCCCACAUCCCUGCUGAUGCACCCAGCCUCAACAGUGCAACACAGUGAUGCCUCUGGAAGCCCCCACCCCCUGAGAAUCCUGUUUAAUAAAGUGCUGAUUUUUGUAGUCA